CGCUCGCCCCGCCACCCGUCCCGCCCCCAUCCCGCCACCGCGCGUCCUCCACCAACGUCCGCCCCGCCCUCACCAUACACACCCUCGGUCCCCGACGGCGGUCCUCGUCCAUGCUCGCAAUGCCCCCGCCCGAGCCGACCCCUCCGUCCGAGCCAAACGCUGACCCCCUCAACCCGCUGCCGUCUGCGGACGCAUCGCCUUCCCUUCUGGCAGUGCUCGCGUCCAAGCUGCUUCAGCUCGUACCGCACUAUUACAAGCACUCGCAUCACCCUAUGCUCGAGGUCGAACCCCCGUCACCCGGCUCGAGCGCAGACGAUCCCAUUCUUCCCCUCUCCUCGUCGCCCUCGCGUGCUUCAUUUGGUGAUGUAUUCAACGAGCAAGGCAGCCCGCUCAGAGACGGAUUGUCGCGACCAUGGUGGUCGGGUGUCUCUUCAGUACACGCCCCGCUCUUGCUCGUCAUUACCCUCUUUCCCCUGUCGACUGCUUUGGUACUGUACUGCUUCUGGACCCUCCCUGUCUCCGGCUCGUGGCCGCGUACGUUAGCCGACCUCACUCAGAUGGGUAGAGAGCUGCACGAAUACUCGCAAAGCGGGUCUGGGCCAAUGGCGCAUGUCAUCGGCGUUCUUAGCAUCACCGCCGUCUGGAAUCAUGCUUGGAGCAUACCAGGCAGUGUUCUGUGGAAUGUUCUUGCGGGAGCACUGUUUUCGCCUGUCUUUGCAACCCUGCUCUUGACGAGUCUUACAACCCUGGGUUCCAUUGCGGCGUCCCUCCUGUCCAUGCCUUUAGCACCGAUCCUAACGCGGAUUUUCCCGCGGGCGCUUGACCUCACUCGUUCGGUAUUGGAGGGCUCAUCCUCGUCCUCCCCCUCGAACGCCUCAUCUUCUGCUUGGGUUCGGCUGUCCAUCAUGCGUCUUGUAGGCAUCAUUCCCUGGUCCGGCAUUAAUAUCGCGUGCGGUUUGGCUGGCGUGCCUUUGCUGCAAUGUUUACUCGGCUCGUUCAUCGGAGGUCUCCCUUGGACGGCGGUAACGUGUCAAUUGGGCGAUAUUCUGCAGUCCAUGGCAGUAGGUGACAACGUCGGCGUUGGCGUUGGCGAGAUGCUGGCUCGCCCGGAAAUGAUUGCCCGGCUCGUUUUCUUGACUGUCCUUGCCGGUGCGCCGGUGCUCGGGAAGGAGAAGCUCAAGGCCAUGAUCACCCCGUCGGAAGACGCCAUGACUGAGCGAGGCCGUCGGUGGGCAUGGGUGAAAGAGUGGAGGGCGCGGCUUCGCAGCCGAAGCCCGGAAGGCCAAAGGAAACAGAUGAUGAAGGAAUUGACCAUUCUCGUGGAUGAGAAGAGGGCGAGAGAAGAUCAAGAAGGCUGGGCAUGAGUUUUGUCCUCGCAGGCGGGCGGGCAUACCGCCUUGCGCUCAGACGGAUACCUGGGCGGGUCCGCCGCCCUUUCUCCGACGUGGUGGUUGAACGCGCACACAUUGCGCCGCCAAGCUUCUCUUCCAGCAUCCGCCACCGGUAUACAUCUACAACCCUGGACCGCGACUGUCGACGUGCACUAUUUAUUACACUAAUGCCGCAUUACGCUCAUUAAUGUCCUCACGCCACCUCUCUCCUGGGUCUCUCGGUGCAGGUCUGUACGAGAGCCCCUGUGCAUAUUUGACGACCGACGCGUGCAUACCCUCAGCCAAGGCUGAUGGCGAGAUGCACGUACGAAAAUGUGAUCUUACACUGUCCAUCUCAUCAAGCACGAAGCCGUAUCCAUGGUCAUUUGGAACUCCCAUUACUGGACCGCCGCUCGUCUUCCUCCGCCUCUUCCUGUACACCCCCUCAGUGCUUCUUGCUAUCGAUCGCGUUCGGCCUGUCCUCAUUUCUCACUUUGCAAUUGCAACAUCACACCUUUUUACUUUUGGCAUUACCACAUAUUUAUUGGUUGAAUAUUAUACCAUUCGACAUAUUUUGGAGGAGUAGAGCUCGUCGGGGACUGUAUACCCGCCCAUUUUGGAUUGCUUUUGUUCGUACGUACUUGGGAAUAACUUUGUGCCAUAUAGAUGUAGAAGAAAUAGAACAAAAG